UAUGGCGUCAGUCUUUUGUAAUGAUUUAUGAAAGGAAAUAAUCUAAUUACGAUCACAGAAUUUUCAAGUGUAGUGCACUUUAUUAAAGUAAAUAAUUUAACAUCCGGCCUAAAGUGUUAAGAUACUAGGGAAGUUACUCGUAAUUACGUUACAGCAGGUAAACGCUACGAUGUCUUGGCGAAGUCGAGAGGAGCGCUGCUCGAGGUGGGACACCAACAAAUGGGAACUCCGCGAUCGGUCGCCUGUAUGGGAGCCUAGGAACGUCAGCCCUGAGUGCAGGUCGCCAUCCCGACACCGACACUCGCAUGAUAGACGGCCUCGUCACGAGCGCGACUUUCGGCGUGACCGCCACGACCGGGAUCGCGACCGUGACCGAGAACGCGACAGAAAACGGUACGAGGAAGCGCCCGCGCCCCCCUCGCCGCCCGUCAUCAGCGAUGACAAAAAGAGCUCACGGUCUAGUAGUCGAUCCGAUAGUCGUGAGAGGGACAGGUCUGAUAUGGAAAUAGAAAAGGACAAGCACCAGGAUGAGGUGCAGAACAACGCAUCACCGGGUGAUUGGAUCUGCAAGUGUGGUCUAUACAACUUUAAAAGACGUCAGGUCUGUUACCGUAGAACUUGUAAUGGGAAAAGAUCGGAGGGUGUAGUUUAUGGAGGUGAUGGGGAUCGUAACGGUGUAGUCGAAACACCUGGCAUCACAAAGAGGUUACUCUUUAGGAGGCUAGAUGCUUUGACUACUGAAGAAAAUAUAUUGGAAGAGCUUAAACUACGUUGCAGUAAAGAAGUUCUAGAGUUAAUUGUAGGUAUUUCAAUUGGUAGAGAAACUUUAACAGGUGCAUCAAAGUGUCUCGCCUACAUCAAUUUCAACUCCAUAGCAGAUUCUACAACAGCACAUACAGAGUUGGUGAAUCUCCAACCACCAUUAAGGAUUGACGGUCGAGAAGUGCUUAUAAGCUUUUACAAUGAACCUAAAAAAAUUGUUAAACCAACACAAGUUGACUAUACGUCAUACUACUCUCAAAUGUCUUCGUACAGUGGUGCAACAACUCAAGCAAUGUCUGAGGCUGAUCGAGUCAAUGCAGCUGCUGCAGUAGCUCAGUCUGCUAUAUCGGCAGCCCAGGCUAGACAGCUAUCAUGGACGCCAGUUGGUGCUGUACCUUUCACUGGUACUACCCAAACUACAAAAACAAAUGUACCCAUAGGUGAUGGGAAGACAGUUUAUCCUGCCCCAGAUGUGAGAACAUUCAUGUAUGAUGAGUCAUCUGGUUACUAUUAUGACCCGUCAACUUGUUUAUACUAUGAUGGGAAGACACAAUAUUUUUAUAAUAGUCAAAUCAGUCAAUAUAUGUAUUGGGAUGGUAAAACAAACACUUAUAUUGCUGCAACACAGGCUCAGAAUGCUGAACAAAACAAACAAAGAGAGGCCAAGGAGCCUGAUGAAAAGAAAAGGAGAGACAAAGAAGACAAAGUUAAAGUAGCUAAAAAGAUAGCUAAGGAUAUGGAAAGAUGGGCACGGACUCUAAAUCAAAAGAAAGAGAAUGCUCGGAGUAACUUUGUUAUGGAACAGCCAACUGACACAAGUGCUAGCAAAGGCUCAGCAGACAUUGGUUUUUCAGUACUAGGAGCUGGACCAUCAUUAACUCAUGUAAGAGAAAUAUCCCCACCUCCCAACACAGAUGAAUUCUUGGUCAAAAAGAUCUCAGAACCAGUAUUUGAUAAUGAUGAUGACAUUAUUGACUGGGACAAAUUAACCUGCUUGUUAUGCAAAAGGAAAUUCCCUUCUGUAGAAGUGUUGAAUAAGCAUAAAGUUAUGUCAGACUUGCACAAACAAAAUCUAGUUGAAUUUAGGAAGAAGAAUGACUUGAUUCCACAGAUGAAUGGUUAUAGAGACAGGGCAGCUGAGCGACGUAUGAAAUUUGGUGAAGAUGAGCCUCCAAUGAUAAGAAAACGUUAUGAGCCUUCUGAACCAAUAGGUCCACCCAUUAACCCGCACCCACCUCCAAAUGUAGUAGAUACAAUAGGAGGUAAAAUGCUGCAAAAAAUGGGCUGGUCGGAAGGUCGAGGUUUAGGUAAGACUGAGCAGGGACGAAUAGCUCCCAUAGAAGCAGAACAGAGGCCAAGUUUAGCUGGUCUGGGGCAGAAAAGAGGUAUAUACACUCCCACACCUGGUGAAACAUAUCGCGAUACAGUUAAGAAACUUAUGAUAGCAAGAUAUAAAGAAGUUGUUGGACAAGAAGAAGGGAAAUAGAUUCGACCUGGGAUUCUACAACGCUCCCGUCACACGCGUAUUCGACAAUCGGUGAGUAAUUAAUAUUAUAAGUGACCUUUUUCAUACAGGUGAAUAAUUUUUUAUGUGGGAAACGUCGUGACUGCCUUUUUAUCGUGAAUUUUUACAGCAAAAUUUGAUGUUGACACUUUCGGUAACAACCUAUUUAUUUUUACCUCUUCUUUGUGACUCUGGGAAAUAGUACAAACGUUCCUAGAUUUAAUUUUUUUUUAUGAGAAAUUGUCAACAUCCUUUCCGAUCUCCGAAUGAUUAAGACACAAUGGAAACAGAAGACAAAAAGCGUGAAGAAUUGUGACUAGUUUGUGCAAGGUGUUGUGAACCAAGAGAUAACACUGACAUUUUUGACAAUUUACAUUGCAGAGUCUACGCGCGAAGCUGGAACCACGUGCCAAACAAAAUAUUAAAAAGUACUUCAUUUUAUACUCGUUGGAUCGGAAAUGAAUUGAUCAAACGCCAUUUUAAAAAUAUUUAGCUUUCUUCCGUAGCGUUUCGUGUAUAGUUUAACUUUAAUGUAUAUAUAUAUAAAAUAAUUAUGUAGUAAGGAAUUUUGAGAUUGCGUUUGAUUGUAAAUAAAGAUAAAUAUAGGUAGGUUAUAUUAUAAAAACACGCUCUAAUAAUAAGCCCAAAAAUUAAAGUAAUAUUUUAAUUCUAGUGUUUUUCGGGGCAAGAUAUUACGCUAAAGUAAUGAAACUAAUGUAUUUUCAUUGAUGAAUGUCAAUAUUUAAGUUAAUCUGCGUUGAUUUUGUGAAUAUUACGUUGGCUAGGUCGAUACAGGUCUAGCUAAUGAAAGCCUGUCGAAGAUGAGUUCUUGUACAAGAUUAAAUUAAGCCUAAACAUAGGUGUUCAUUUAAGCUAAAUUUAAUGAUGAUUAUUACAAUAAAGACAUAAAUAAUUUACAGAGAUUAGUAUUAAAAGGUAGGUAAUCAAGUUGCAUAAUUGUUGUUAAAAUAAAUGUAUAUACAUGAAAUCCUAAACUUAUAUAGAAGCGCCGAAAUGCGCCCUUGUCAGCUGUACGGUAGCAUUUUCCCGUAACUUAUAAUUUGUACUCAAUAAGUGCAUACUAGUCGAUUGAAUUUGCCGUCCUAGUAAAACAUCACAACGACGUCUGUUGAUGGAUUCUAUUCGAUAAUAAAAGAAUGAUUUAUUUUAAUAAAAGAAUAAAAACAGCAAUUAACAUAUACGUGUAUAUAGUUAGGUACAUUUUAAUUUCACUAGCAUAUGUGUAGUAUUGGGUAAAUGGGAUUUUUAAAUUUUUCAUUCAGUCUUAUUAUUAUUAUCAUUAUUACUUAGGUAUUUAUAGCAGUUAGUUUUGAACAAAUUUUCGAGAUUCGAUGAUUGUAAGGCGUGGGUUAAAAGUAUUGUGCAUUUAAAAUAUGUACGAUAAAAAAAUGUGACGCGGUCUUUAAUAUUUUAAAAUAAAUAUUUCUAUACAUAA